AUGCUCAGCUUGCCCGCCUGCCCGCCGGCCGAGAAGUUCAGCUGGCGGCUAAAGAUCGCCGGAAAGAUGUUGAACUGCUGCGAAUCGGCGCUGGACUGCGGACUUAGCCCCAAACUGUGCGGCGCCACGUGCGGAAUGGAAGCGGCUGCGGCUGCUGCCGCUGCAGCUGCCGACACGGAUCCCGCUCCGACUACGCCCACACCCGCUCCGGCUCCGGCCGAGCUGGCGUCUGUUAUUGAGGAGCAGGAGCGGGGCCGUCUCGAGCGUCUGGUCACCGAGGGCAGCAUACCAAAGGACCGGAAGGGGGCCGGUCUGACUGGCUGCAAUGGAACUGUGCCGCCACCGCCGCCGCCAAUGCUUAAGGCGCCACCGAUGGCGCCGACAAUAAUGCCACUACCGCCGCCAUGUUCGGGUGCACCGCCUCAACCACCGUGCAUGGCGCCAGAAAUGAGUGAGAGCUAA